AUGUCACUUCUACAUACUCAUGAUGGAGAUGUCGCCCUUCCUAUAUUGGCUCUCCCGGUUGCAGAUCCGCUAGCUGACCUGGUUCACACACUUCGCAUAUGUUGCAUUAUGCCGACCGGUAUUGAUGCCACCGUCGGCGACUAUCGGCGUGCUGUCGGCUGCAAAGAUGAGGGUCUCCUUGCUGACAAUAUCUCCUUUGCACAAGAAACAUCUACAGUUCUGUGCCAUGCUUACCGCGUACAAUAUACCUGUGCAAGCUUGUACUCCGCCAUGAUGUCUUGCCAGUCCGCAGACGCGAUAUCCGCUACUGAAAACCUUGAAUAUGUUAUUGAUCCAAAUCUACUAUUCAUUAAAAGACCUCUAAUGGCAGACUGCGUUGAGAGCUUUGUGGGACGUAAGGUGCAUAUGCUAGUGCGGCUUGGUUGCUAG